CGUUCUCGGCCUCCAUUCAUUCCGUGUGUGAGGCGACCGGUACCGGGAACAUGGUGGAGAAAGAGGAGGCCGUGAUUAGCGAGGAGGAAGCGGCGCAGUAUGACCGGCAGAUCCGCCUGUGGGGGCUGGAGGCGCAAAAAAGGCUCCGCACGUCUCGGGUGCUUCUGGUUGGGAUGAGAGGCCUCGGGGCCGAAGUGGCCAAAAACCUCAUCCUGUCGGGUGUGAAAGGACUGACUGUGUUGGACCAUCAGCAGGUGUCUCCGGAGGACUCGCGGGCUCAGUUCCUGAUUCCGUCCGGAUCUCUCGGCCGUAACCGCGCCGAGGCCUCCCUGGAACGUGCGCAGAACCUGAACCCCAUGGUGGACGUGAAGGUGGACGCCGAGAACAUUGAGGAGAAGCCGGCAGAUUUCUUCACGCAGUUCGAUGCCGUUUGUCUGACCUGCUGCUCGCGGGACCUCCUGGUGAAAGUGAACCAGAUCUGCCGCAAACACGGCAUCAAGUUCUUCGCCGGCGAUGUUUUCGGUUACCACGGCUACAUGUUCGCCGACCUGGGGGAGCACGAGUUCGUAGAGGAGAAGACCAAGGUGGCCAAAGCGAGUCCGGAGGCCGAGGACGGCCCCGAAGCCAAGAAAUCCAAGAUGGAUUCCACAGAGACCACGCUGGUUAAGAAGAAGGUGCAGUUCUGCCAGCUGAGAGACGCCCUGGAGAUCGAGUGGAGCGGCGAGCGGGCGAGGGCCGCCCUGAAGAGGACGCCGGCCGACUUCUUCCUCUUCCACGUUAUAAUGAAGUUCAGGACUGAUAAAGGACGAGAUCCGCUGCCCAGCAGCUACCAGGAAGACUCGGAGUUGCUGCUCCAGAUUCGCAACGACUUGCUGGAGUCUCUCGGUGUCAGCCCGGACCUGCUGGCCGACGACUUCGCCAGUUACUGCUUCUCGGAGAUGGCGCCCGUCUGCGCGGUCGUCGGGGGGGUCCUCGGCCAGGAGGUCGUGAAGGCUCUGUCUCAGAGAGACGCCCCGCACAACAAUUUCUUCUUUUUUGACGGGAUUAGGAGUAACGGAAUCGUCGACUGCCUCGGAGCCAAAUGAGACGAGCCCUGGGGGGACUCCUGUGACAACGCACACAGUCCGGGGGUAUUGGAAGCAUUUGAUUGGCCGUUGCCAUACUGCACCUACUCCACAGAACAGGAGCCGUGUGACCCCGCAGCCUCUCUCGGUGUUCCCUCUGAGGUGACGCAGGCUGAAGCCACACUUCAAUUAACAAUUUAUCUGUAAAGCACCAAAAAACCGUGCGCAUGUCCCGGGACUGGAACCAAACAACGAGAAAUGUGUGUUUUCUGCAAUUUCAGUGACUUUUUUGUACAAAAUUAACCACUUCAUAGAGAGAACAUAAUUUGCAGGCGCCGUUUAGGUAAUCCGGUCCCUUUAAAUUCCAAGCCUGUUUCGUUCAUCUAAUUGUCCUAAGAAAAGAAAAAGAAAAAAACUUGGUUUGUUUUGCUGCGGGCAGAUAUUUUUUUUUUGUAUUUUGGGGGGUUUUUGCAAUAAAAUACGGCAUUUUAAAUGCUUUUGCAAA